UUAUGAAACUUGAGAUCAGAGGAUGAGUCCCAGUCCAUGAAAGACGCAGAGGGAUUGUUCACAGAUGAGUGCCGUGCAACCCUCGAUGGUGAAGGAGGAUGGUCACUGCAUGACCACCACGUCCUUACAAAGCUUCAACAUCAACCGAGAGCCCCGCAACGAUCCACGCGCGAGUGGAUCGAUUGCGUGGAUAAGCGUUUGCAUGCGUGUAGGGGAAUGCACGUAGAAGAUUGGGAGGAGGAGACGACGGUGGCAGAGAAGGAGGGUGGAGUUCGCAGCUUGCGCUCCUCCACCGGCGCACCUCAGCGCGCAUUCGUCGCCUCCUGAGCGUUCCCAUGCAGAGCUUGAUGUAAGCCCGCCGCACCCGUCAACUUUCCAAGCGCUUUUUCUUCACUUCCACAAAGCUUAGCCACCCCGGAUUCCAACGCUCGACCCCGGGCAGCCUGGGCUGGCGCUCCCUGCCAGCAGCAUGGAGGGUGACGUGAUGGAUAAAGUGGAGACCACGGCGACGACAGUGUGCGACUUGGACCCGAGCAGCGGGAGCAUCCCGGCUACCAAAGUGGAGAUCACAGUCUCCUGCAGAAAUCUCUUGGACAGAGAUACGUUCUCCAAAUCGGAUCCCUUGGUGGUGUUGUACACGCAAGGUGUGGAAUGCAAACAGUGGCGAGAGUUUGGGAGAACGGAGGUGAUAGACAACACACUGAACCCAGACUUUGUCAGGAAAUACAUCCUGGACUAUUUCUUCGAAGAGAAGCAGAACCUGCGCUUUGACGUGUUUGAUAUUGAUUCUAGAAGUCCCGAUCUGGCCAAGCAUCCGGCCGACUUUAACGACUUCCUGGGACAGGUGUACUGCACACUGGGGGAGAUCGUGGGCUCUCCCGCGAGUCGCCUGGAGAAGUCUCUCAGUGGUAUACCCGGGAAGAAAUGCGGGACCAUUAUAUUGUCUGCUGAGGAGUUGGGCAACUGCAGAGACUACACCACAAUGCAGUUUUGCGCCAACAAGCUGGACAAGAAGGACUUCUUCGGCAAGUCGGACCCUUUCAUGGUCUUCUACAGGAGUAACGAGGAUGGCACGUUCACCAUCUGCCACAAGACAGAGGUGGUGAAGAACACGCUGAACCCUGUGUGGCAGCCCUUCUCCAUCCCCGUGCGGGCGCUCUGCAACGGAGAUUACCACAGAACAAUCAAAGUGGAAGUAUAUGACUGGGACAGAGAUGGAAGCCACGACUUCAUUGGCGAAUUCACCAGUAGCUACAAAGAGUUAUGUCGGGGUCCGAACGUGAACGUGUAUGAGGUGGUGAACGCCAAGAAGAAGCUCAAGAAAAAGCGAUACAUCAACUCCGGGACGGUGUCCUUGAUGUCAUUCAGCGUGGAGUCGGAGCACACGUUCCUGGAUUACAUUAAAGGAGGGACGCAAAUUCACUUCACAGUGGCCAUCGAUUUCACGGCCUCCAAUGGCAAUCCGUCUCAGUCGACUUCUCUUCACUACAUGAACCCGUACCAGAUGAACGCCUACGCCAUGGCCCUGAAGGCAGUGGGCGAGAUCAUCCAAGACUAUGACAGUGAUAAGAUGUUCCCUGCUUUGGGAUUUGGUGCUAAGCUGCCCCCUGAUGGUAGGGUCUCCCAUGAGUUCCCCCUGAAUGGCAACAUAGAAAACCCCUACUGCAACGGCAUGGAGGGGAUUCUCGAUGCAUACCAUCAAAGCCUUAAGACGGUGCAGCUGUACGGACCCACCAACUUUUCUCCUGUUGUCAAUCAUGUGGCAAGGUACGCAGCGGCGGUGCAGGAUGGCUCGCAAUAUUUUGUGCUGCUCAUAAUCACGGACGGCGUGAUUUCCGACAUGGCUCAAACCAAGGAAGCCAUCGUCAACGCGGCCAAACUACCCAUGUCCAUCAUCAUUGUUGGGGUCGGACAAGCCGAGUUUGACGCUAUGGUGGAGUUGGAUGGAGACGACAUCCGGAUUUCCUCACGUGGAAAAUUGGCUGAGAGGGACAUUGUACAGUUUGUCCCCUUCAGGGACUACAUGGACCGGGCAGGCAACCACGUCCUGAGCAUGGCCCGGCUGGCCAAAGACGUUCUGGCCGAGAUCCCCGACCAGCUCAUCUCUUACAUGAAGAGCAGAGCCAUCAAGCCCAACACCGCCCCACCGCCGCCGUAUUCGCCCCGCUCCCAAAAGGACGCCGUGUGAAGCCACUCACUCUGCUUCCUUGGAAGGGGAAUGGCCUGCUAAUUAGGAGAGAUGAGACUCCUUUCCGGAACAGCUUGAGAUUUUCAGGAGCUCACGGCGGAGCUUUUAUUGCUUGCUGUCCAAGUGGACAAUGAAAAAACAGGACAAGGGAGGGCGUAAGUAUAUUAUUAGAAUGUGCCAUCUUGUAGUAUCAUGUUUGUGAUACCUUUUGCAAUUAAUGGAUCUAGAGAAAUCAUGUAUUCUGCUUUACUGCAUUUGCAGUGGGCUUUUAGACUGUGGGGGUCAAAAGUCCUGUAGGUUUCCAUCCUAUAUUUUAUGGCUUGUCUCAUUGUAAUAUUGAUUAAAUCCACCCCCCCCCCCACCCCCAAAUAGCAAUUUCUAUUUUGAUAAGGACUGUAUUAUAUAUCUUUAGGGGAAAAAAAGCAUGUGAUGAAGAAAAUAUAUUCAGCAGUG